AGGACAACACCGGUAACUUGACUCGGUGAAAUGAUCCAGUUUGAUCCAGUUUGAUCCAGUUUAAUACUGCACCUGAGUUCAAACUGAACCUUGUUCACUUCCGGGUCUGAUUCUGUUUACAUGAGACGAUCCUCGUUCAAUAUGAACCUGAGAAGGUUUGACAUCAGGUUCACAGUGGAUCCAGGACAGGUACAGGACAGAUCCUGAGACGUCCUCUGUCCUUCAGUCAGACUCUGGUGGACCGGACCUGAGCGUGGACAGACAUGCGUCCCGCGCCCUCCAGCAGCCGGCGGAAGAGCAAAGCUCCGAAGCACCGGUCCCAGGUGUCGUCCCCGGGGACGUCCAGAGCCCGGUCCCCGAGGAGGAGGAGCAGUCCAGUCGUGACUCCCAAGAAGAGACGGUUCCGACCAGGCACGAAGGCCUUGAUGGAGAUCCGCAGGUACCAGAAGAGCACGGACCUUCUGCUCAGGAAGGGACCGUUCUCUCGCCUGGUUCGUGAGGUUUGUCAAACUUACUCCAGAGAGUCUCUCCGCUGGCAGGUCUACGCUCUGCUCGCCCUGCAGGAGGCUGCAGAGGCGUUUCUCGUGCUGCUGUUCUCGGACGCCAACCUGUGUGCGAUCCACGCCAAGCGAGUGACCCUGUUCCCCCGGGACAUCCAGCUGGCCCGGAGGAUCCGCGGCGUGGACGCGCUGUGAAGACGCCUCACCAGGACCGCAGCAGGAACCAGAUGAUCUCCACCAGUUUAAACCUUUCACCUGUUUUUGGGGUUAGGGUUACAAAAUGUGGUUCUUAUAAUUCUUGAGACAUUUUUUUUAAUUUUUUAACUUCAGAAGUGUUUAAGAAGAUUGUCCUUUGAUUUUAUACAUUGUUAGUGAUCGCUCCUCUGUGAUGUAUCAUUGACGUGUAAAUGUUGCUCUAUAAUUCAUAGAAAGUUAUUUUUUUAAUAAAAAUCCAUUUUCUUCCUAUUAAA